AUGCCACUGGAUGCGUCCCUGAAGCAGCUCCAAAUCAAGGUGGGCACGGUGAAGCGCACCAAGAAGGAAUAUGAAUCCUACGUUGCCGAAGAGGGCGUGCAGAGAGCAAAGAUAGAGGGCAUGAAGGUUGAAGGAAAAGAAGAGGCCGAUAUCAAGAAACAAAUGGAGGUGCUGAAUGACACUCUCACCGUCAUUCCCGAUUCUCGACAACGACUUCAAAAGUAUGCUGUGGAGCUGCGAGACUUCCUGGCCAGCGAUCAGGAAAUGAGUGUGGAGCCUGACAGCAGCUCACCAGAGGAUCGAAGAUGA